AUGGCCAACCUCAAAAUCCCUGACCACCAAGUCGCCGGUCACCAAGCCAAAACCGGAAUCCUCGGCCCUCUCAUAGACGGUUCCGGAAAAUUCUACAAACCUCUCCAAGACGACGGCAGAGGCUCCCACGAACUCGCUUUCUACACCUCCCUCUAUUCCGAUCCACGCAUCCCCUCCAACAUUCUCAAUCUCUUCCCUAACUUCCACGGCACUCAAGUCGUCGAAGCCUCCGACGGCUCCGGCCUCCACCCCCACCUCGUCAUGGAAGAUAUCGCCGGGAGUUUCACCAACCCCGCCGUCGUCGAUUUCAAGAUCGGUUCUCGGACAUGGCAUCCACAAUCCUCCGAAGAUUACAUUUCGAAAUGCCUCAAGAAAGACAGGGAAUCUUCUUCUAUCAAAUUAGGGUUUAGAAUCUCCGGGUUGAGAUCCGUUUCUCCGAGUAACCAAUGCUGGCAGCCUCAGAGAAAGUUUCUUAUGGAUCUAUCUGCUGAGGAUGUCAGAUUGAUGAUGAGGAAAUUUGUUUCCUCUGAUGGUAAUGCUGAUCAGCCUGAUUGUGUUUUUGCUUCUAGGGUUUAUGUUCAUGUAUUGGAGGAAUUGUUGGUGCUUAAGAAAUGGUUUGAAGUUCAAACUAUUUUUCAUUUUUAUUCUUGUUCUGUUCUUGUGGUUUAUGAGAAAGAUGAAACCGAUGAGAAGAAACGUGCAAAGGCUGUUCUUAAGCUUGUUGAUUUUGCUCAUGUGGUUGAUGCUAAAGGUGCUAUUGAUCAUAAUUUCUUAGGGGGUCUUUGUUCUUUGAUUAAGUUUGUUAAAGAUGUGUUGGCCGGUUUAGGUGUUGAUGAAAUCUCAAACCCUAAACCUUAA